GGAUGACAUAUAUGAGGGAAGCGGUGUGCUGCUGUAAACAGACCCAGGGAUAUAAAUGGUGCAAUGCAACAGAAGACGUUUGACGGAUGUUUAAACAGUUAUCAUCGUUGUCACCAAACUAAACCAAUAAGUGAGUUAUGUUUUCCAAAAUAUCUAGCUAAAUGUCGCCGUGUCAACAUUAACCAUUCUCCUGUCAGCUUUGAUGAGCUUCAACAGCCCAAGGUCUGGAAAUCUGAUCAUUCAAAAAUCUACUGAGCAAUGGCAGUGGAGAAGUUUGUGUCCAAGACUCUGGAGCUUCUACAGCAGGAGCGGGAGGCUGAAAUAGAGGAAACCAAGAUAUGGCAGGAGAACAUUUCCUUGAAAGACCUUCAGAAUAAAGGAGUCUGCCUGCUGAAGCUUCAGGUAGGAAGUCAGUCCACAGGCCUGUACGGUCGCACCGUCGUCGUGUUGGAGCCCAGAAAGCAUCUUGGUUUCCUAUCGCUUCCGAGCAACAGCUUUGGCCCAGGCGAUAUCGUUGGCCUGUAUGACCCAUCCGGAUGCAGCGUGUCCUCACAGAUAUGCACAGGGAUAGUGACAAGGAUCAGCCAAGCUUCUGUCAGUGUGGCCUUCGAAGACCUGAAGGAUGAAGCCAGUUUUGAUGCCGAUGGUCUUUACAAUCUCUUGAAGUUGGCCAAUGAUGUUACCUACAAACGGAUGAAGCGGGCCUUAAACACAUUAAAUGGAUACAGAAAUGGACCAGCUGCCAGUCUGAUACAUGUUCUCUUUGGAGAUGCGCAACCAUCCUCUCACUCACAGUUAAGUUCGUUGGAGUUCAUUAAUUCAGAACUGGACGAUUCCCAGAGAGAAGCUGUAUCUUUCGCUCUUUCACAGAGAGAGCUGGCUGUGAUUCAUGGACCUCCAGGCACAGGAAAAACUACCACAGUGGUGGAGAUCAUCCUGCAAGCUGUGAAACAAGGCCAGAAGGUCCUCUGUUGUGCCCCCUCAAAUGUUGCCGUGGAUAAUUUAGUGGAAAGGCUUGCUCGCUGUAAAGCCAAGGUCCUGAGACUGGGUCACCCUGCCAGACUGCUUGAAUCCAUCCAGAAACACUCGCUGGACGCUGUCCUCGCUCAUAGCGACACCGCAGACAUCAUCGCUGACAUCCGGAAAGAUAUUGACAAAGCAGUGGUAGGGAUGAAGAAGAGAAGCGAAAAAGGAGAGCGAGGAAACUUCAAACGUGAACUAGGGGAGUUGAGGAAAGAGCUGAGAAACAGGGAGACAACAGCCAUCGCUCAGAUCCUGAAGAGUGCUGACGUCGUGCUGUCCACCAACACUGGUGCAUGUGAUGAUGGUCCUCUGAAGUUCCUGCCGGCGGAGCAUUUCGAUUGGGUGGUGAUCGACGAGUGCGCUCAGGCCCUGGAGAGCAGCUGCUGGAUCGCUUUGCUCAAAGCACGCAAAUGCAUCCUGGCUGGAGACUACAAGCAGUUACCGCCAACCAUCAAAUCACAAAAGGCCGCCGCCAAAGGCUUGUCUCUGAGUCUCAUGGAAAGACUCAUUCAGAUGUACGGGGACUCAGUGGUCCGCAUGUUAACGGUUCAGUACCGCAUGAACAGUGCCAUCAUGGACUGGGCCUCCAAGGAGAUGUACCAUGGAAGGUUAACCGCUCACAGCUCAGUGGAAGGACAUUUAUUGAAAGAUCUGCCGGCCGUCGCCUGCGUGGAAGAGACGAGCACACCACUUCUUCUCAUUGACACCGCAGGGUGUGGUCUGAGCGAAAUGGAGGUUGCUGACGAGCAGUCCAAAGGCAACCAAGGUGAGGUCGACAUUGUUGCACUGCACAUAAAGAGUUUGAUCGAAGCUGGAGUUAAAGCUAAAGACAUAGCUGUUAUUGCUCCGUAUAAUCUACAGGUUGAUCUUCUGCGCCAGAAACUUUCUGGACGGCACCCAGAGCUGGAAAUAAAGUCUGUGGACGGAUUUCAGGGCAGAGAGAAAGAAGCUGUUGUACUGUCGUUGGUUCGCUCCAACAGAAAAGGCGAAGUGGGUUUUCUCGCAGAGGACAGGCGGAUAAAUGUCGCCGUGACGCGCGCCAGACGCCACAUCGCCGUUGUGUGUGACGCGCAGACGGUCGGGAAUCAUGCCUUCCUCAAGUCUCUGCUCGAUCACAUGACCGAGUUCGGCGAGGUCAGAACUGCGUUUGAGUACCUGCAGGACAUUGUGCCGCAGAACUACACCCGCGACCCUAAAGACGCAAAGACCGCCGCCUCCUCCACAUCUGGCAAACAGAAGAGCACAGCUUCAGUCAAAGCCAAGGAAGGCCCGAAAACGACCAGCAGCACCAAGGACAACACGGCUGGUCCACAGAAUCACACAAAGUCCCACACAUCAGCAGAGAAAGACCAAAAACAGAACAAGAGCCGAUCCGCUGAGAUCAGAGCGCAGGUGGAGACUUUUAUGAAAGAUGAAAACAUGAAGACUUUCCAGUUUCCGUCGUCGUUAAGCUCCCACGAUCGCCUGCUGGUCCACCAGAUCGCCGAGGAGCUGGGCCUCGUUCACGAGAGCAGAGGACAGGGCAGCGACAGGUGCAUCGCGGUCUCCAUGCCGGUGAGACCCAAACCCGCCGAGGAGGCGGCGCAGGAGGAAACCCAGCAGGAAGAGACCGCUCCCGCUCCACAGAGAGAGCCAUCGCCGCAGCCUGUAUUAGAUCUGAAGACGUUACAUCUGGAGAGGAUGAAGAGGGAGCAGCAGAAAAGGGAAGAAAUGGUCCGACAAAAAAAGCAACAGAACAACAGUGCUGCUGCUCAGGGAACAAAAAAGUCUAAAGGAAAGAGCAAAACCAAGGCAGGCGCCUGCGACAUCGCCGCCGCUGCCGCGCCGGAGGACGACUUCGAUGCCCUCAUCGGCGCCGUUGUGAAGGCGGAGAGCGUUUGCAGUUUUGUCAAGUGUAAAGCAUCCGUGUUGACACUCGGCCAGCUUUGCUUGUUCUGCAACAGGCAGUACUGCCUCAGUCAUCACAUACCAGAGGUUCACGGCUGUGGAGAAAAGGCGAAGUCUCACGCUCGGAUGAGAAUAAGCAAAGAGGGGGUUCUUUACGCUGGGAGUGGGAAGAAAGACAAGUCCUUGGACCCUAACAAGAAAGCGUAUCUGCAAAGAAAACUGGACUCUAAGCUGAAAGAUAUGGCCUCGCAACGGAAACCAAAGAACAACGAGAAGGACUCUUAAUGUCAUAAAAUCAACUUUGUAGUUUAUUGAAUGUGAAGACUUUCUUCGGAUUAAAUAAAACAGCUCAAAUAUUUAACCCAAAA